UUGCUUUGAGUAGAGGCGGACGAAAUUUUAUAAUAAUUUACCCAAAAUAAGCAGGUGUCAUAAUCCACACUUGUAGCAUAUUCCUGAGCCAGCCAGAUAGCGAAAUAAAAAGAUUGUGUUUGCGUUUAUGCAUACCGUUGAAGUACACCGAUUAUUCUUAAGUAUAGUUCGAUUUUGAAGUACGCGAAAGACUUCCAGUAGUUUGUGUUGUGAGUAACCGACGAAUAUCGAAGUUUAAAGUAUAAAAGAGUUUUGUACCUAACCCCCUAUCGGAAAAAAAUGUAUAACGGCGAGAACAGGCGACACGCAAUUUUCUCAAAGUGUUUUUAUGGUUACAAUGGAGUUUGCAGCUUACGGAAGAGUUCAUGCCCGAUAUGGAUUCUGGAGAUUCUUCUUCGAGUAGUGAAAGUGAAAAUAAGAGCCCCAGUCACACGUGGUCUCGAUCGAGAUCUAGCAUAAAUUCUCAACCGAAAAGUAGAGGUUCCAACGCUAGCAGAUCUAGAUCGAACAGUCCACUCAGUAGCUCCGCAUCCCCAGAAAUUGCGCGUAAUCAAGCUGCAUCUUCUAAAUCUCCGGACACUAGGUCGGUUCGCAGUAGAUCAAGUUCAUCAGAGGGUUCGAUGUCUCCUCACAGGUCGCCCGCAGCACAAGAAACUAAUAAUUCGCCGAAACAGACCCUAGGUGUUCAACGACAGAGCCCUGACAUAAGCCCCUUGAAAGAUCAAUCUAUUAAAUCCCAUAGUAAUUCACCAGGCAAUCAAACGUCAUCCCCAAAGAAAUUUGCAGAUUCUGACAGUGACGAUAACCAAUCUAUAAAGUCAGGCAGCAGUAGUUCUAAAAAGUCUCAGAGUAGCAGAAGCUCUAGGAGAUCUCAAAGUAGAAGUUCAAGUCGAUCAAGUUCCAGAGGUUCCAGGAAGUCCAGGAAAAAAUCAGAAGAUGGAAGCACGUCUGAUUCAAGUAUUAGCAGUGUGGAUUCUUCUUCUAGAAAGAACAAAAAUAUUACGAAACCGAGUGACACCCAAGCUGAAGAUGUCUCUGAAGGUGACAUGGAAUCAGAAAAUGAAAAAGAAGAACCAGAGUUAAAGAAAGAUGAUUUAACACAUAGACCAGAACUUAAUAUCUCUCAUGAGGAUUUAUCUGAUGUCUCUGACUUGGAAGAUUCUCUGGGUGGUAAUACUGAAGAUGAAAAAGAAGAGAAAACAGCAAAUGAAAUAGAUGGUGGACAACAAAAGGCUCCAGAUAAGGGCGACGUUCUGAAGAGGGAAAGUUCCGAAAAGAAAAUGUCACAUUUAACAGGAAACGACACAAGUAGACAAGAGGAAGGAGAAGAGCCAUUAGACUUUGAAGCAGAGGAUGGCGAAUGUACAGAAUUAGAUCCAAAAGAAAAGGAUAAAAAUGACGACAGAGAUAAUGAAAAGAAGGAAGGAGGGUCUAAGAAGCCUGAUAAAGCAAAAGAGGAUUUGGAGGAAGGAGAAGUGACAGAUGAAGAUGAUGUAAGGCCAGAAGAAACGGAACCGCGACCAGUAUGUCGGUUCUUUUCGCGAGGGCAGUGCACUUGGGGCGCCAGUUGCAGGUUCCUUCACCCCGGAGUUACUGACAAAGGAAAUUAUACCAUGUUUGAAAUGAUAAGGCCUAUGGUACCAGGCGAAUUUGGUGUCGGAAGAAUGAUGGACGAACGACUUUAUGGAAAAGUUGAACCCCCCGUUGUGGAAUCUGCUUGGGAAAGGGGCCUUAGGACAGCAAAAGAAAUGUUGAGAAAAUCCAUGAAGCGUAAAGAGCAAGACAUAGAUUUUGAGGAAAAAAAGAUGAAUUUAAGUAUCGCACAAGAAGAAUUUGACAAGGAGAACGGCUACUAUGGAAGAAUUCCAUCGCCAGAGCCGAGAUACGUUCGACAUAUUCCGGAUUAUCCGGUCGCCAGGCCGCCAGCUGAGGAGUAUUAUGGUAGGCGACAAGUGCAUUAUGAACCUGAAUAUGCGCCUCCACUGAGGAGGGAACACCCGCGGCCCUAUAGGGAGCCGCCUGUGCACAGAGGUCCGCCGCCUGAAUAUUAUAAUCCUAAAUAUGAGGAAGAACCCGCCCCGGCCCCAGUUCAUGUAGCUACAACUGCUAGACGCAAAACAAAAAGGGAAGUUAUCGUCCAAAGGGCUCCGGAGGAAAGACAGAGUAACCGAGGCGACGAAUGGUCAGAUCCAUGGAUGAGGUCGAAAUCGCCAAGCCGUCGAAGAAACAGGAAAAGGUCGUACAGUUCUGGAUCUAGUUCGUAUUCUAGCAGUUCUUCCCGAAGCAGUACCGGGACUUCCAAGAGUUCGUACAGGUCCCGUUCUAGAUCGUUACAUCGCGGUCGCGGGUCGAGACCACGUCGCGGUAGGGCUGUGUCCCCCUCGGUCAUAGUUUCCGAGAGGAAAGCGGCAAAUGAACGGGCCGCUUUGAUGAAUCCUCCAGCCCCUAAACGAAGAAUACCAUCGCCAGGCAUGAUGCGCGUGACCGGGGCGGCCAACCCACCCGCGCCUGCCACGGAGGACACAUUUGGAAGCAGAAGGAGAAGUAAAUUAGCGGUGGCCGCGGCUUUGACUCUAGUCAAAGGUCAAGUGCGUAAGCCUUCUAGAUCCUCGUCGGGAUCGUCUUCUGGCAGUUCAAGCGAAUCGGACUCGUCCGAGUCCAGUAGUUCGUCUAGCAGGAGCGCAUCGCCGUUACCCGGUGGCAAGAAAACUUCCGGUACAGCGAAACCGUGCCCUUCGGAAUUAUCGUUCUUAAAACUCUCCUCGAUUUUUGCAGAAAUAGUGAAGGCGAUGGACGCGCUCAAGGGAGGGGCUUUGGAGAAGAACAAAAUUAAACUGAACUUGAAGAAUCCGGUCAGCGUUCGGAAGCCUGAGUCAGCAGAAACGCGGAAGUUGGAGCCGGUAGUGAAGAAGCGGCCGGCGAACUCUCCUCCGCCUAACGAUCCAAAGUCCAAGAAGGCCACUUCCCGAAGGGAAGAGUUGUUGAAACAGUUGAAGGCCGUAGAAGAUGCCAUCGCCAAAAAGAGGUCCAAAGUGUGAAGGUGGUUCCUUUAUAAGGGGUCGUUCGAGUUCCGAAUGGGAAAAAUACUGACAUUUGUAAUAUUUCUCGAAGCAAACUUUGAAUGUUUCGGUAUGAAAUAAGUUAUAAAAUUUUUUCAUGUAGCUUUAGGAGAAAAUUUCGAUGUCAUUCAUUCUAGGAUUAAACAUGUUUUGUCUCGAUUUUAGUUGUUAUGAUUU